CUUUGACAUAAAAACAAUAAUUAAAAAGGAGACAGGCAAAGACUUGUAUAUUUUUUAACAGUGGAAAUUAAAGUUAGUUUUGUUUAUGUAAGACGAGAAUAUAAUUAUUAUUUUGGUUAAAAAUCUGUUAUAUUAAACUUGAACGUGAAAGUCGUAGCUUAUUUGUUUAACACGAUUAAAACUUGUCUAAUACUUGUCUAAUUGGCGCUAAAAUUUAUUUGAUGUUUAUGUAGUAGAAUUACCUUAUUUUAUGCUCUUAGUGUUGUGAUAAUGAGUUUAAUUAGUAUAAGCAACUCUUUACCUCCAUUUCUCUCAAAUAAUAUAAAAGUUUUAACAUUGGAAAAAACUCUGUUACAAGGACUGGACAACUUUAAAGAUCUCCUGUCAGACUUUGAACAGCUUCAGAUUGAAUCUAAUAAUUAUAAAACACAAUUUAUUGAACAAAAAGAAAAAUGUGGCAGUAAUAGCUGCAGUAGUGCUGAGGCUUUGAAAAGGAUAAUUGAGUCAAAAGACACUAUCAUACAGUUAGUUGCUUCAACAUUAACAAGGCUAAAUGAGACUAAAGACCUGAAAAUAUUAGAUGAAGCUUUCAGAAUAUUAUUUGGUGAAGCACCCACAUCUGUGCCAACAUACCAGGACAGUAAAGAGGUCAAUAAGUCACAAUUAAAGCAAGAAUUGCAUUCUUCUCUUGAAGAUGUGUCAUUUAGAGAGGAAUCCGAGUCUGAGAUUGAAGGCACACCUACAGCAGGACGAAUCAGUCCAAUUAUACCAAUAAAGAAACUUAAGGGUACUACUGCAGUGACUACAUCGUCAGAUUUUCGGGAUAAGAAGAAGUGUCCUGAUAAUUGGGCAACACCAGAGAAAAAAGCUUUCAAGCUAUCCUGCUCGACUCCAGUAGGUGGCAAAAAGACAGGCAGAUAUAAGCAAUCUCGACUGAAUUUAGUAAAAGUGGAACAACAGACCGUGAUAGAUAUUACAUGUUCUCCGGAAUUCAGUGGCGGACGAAGAGAUGAUAGCGAUAAGGACAAACCGUUACUUAUCAAAAAGGAAUCAAUAGAGAACGAAGAUACAAUAUUGCCAUCGCCCACAAGUGGACCAAAUAAUUUUACACUGUUUAAAUCUAAAGAAAGUCCAAUGAAAUUCAAGAAACCGCUUAGUUUGAAAGUCAAAACUGAGAAAACGACGCCACCUAAGAAACUCGACCAAUCUGUCUCACCUUCAAUAAUAAAGCAAGAACUAAAUACUGAAAAUGUAUUGAGAAAUAAUGUAAACGAUAGUGUAACUUUCACUCAAGAGGAUUCUAUUAAUUUAUUGCAUCCGAACAGGCUGCCUAAGAAUUUGGCAAAACAUGCAGCUGUAAAGGCUGAACAGUAUAAUGACGAGACAUACUGUGACACGCAAGCUAGUGUCUCACUGUUACAACAUGUUGACAAACUGGAUAAUAUACAUAAAAGGAAGGGGAAUAGCCCCAGCAAGAGUCCUUUAGCAGAAAAUAUUAAUUUAACGAACAUACAAGAUGAUGAUGAACUUCAAGCCAGCAUGUCAGUGUUACAGAGGGAACCGUUUACUAAAAAUGCUGUGGAAAAUGUUAAAAGAAAAAUCCCAGAAUUGGUUGAAAUGGAUCAUGAACCUGUGCGGAAGAAGUCCGAGAAACGUUUAUUACCUGGAUGGAGUUGUGAAAAAUGUAAAGACUUUUUCGGCGAAUUGUACAAAGAUGAUCCGGAAAUGAUGGCGAAGAAAAUCAACGAAUGUUCCCACCAUAGAGGGGCCAACAACCCCACAGACCGACCGAAAACCCCGCCCCGAUACUGGAACCCACGCUGGGAAGUACCCAACGAUACUGAAGAGUUUAACAGAAUGAACAACGUGUCAUGACGCAGUGAUACUUAUUUAUAUGUCGUUAAGGUUCUAUUUUGCAUAGUAUUCCAAGGUUGUCAUAGAAU